AUGUCGGAGUUGUUUCGUUGUUUUCCCUCACAAUAUGACAGUUCCAUCAAAAAUGCAGCGGAAAUGCAUGACUCGCUGAUCGGGUUAUCAGCGGUUUCUGGCUGCGGCUCGGCAAGCGGCAAUUCUAUGGAGGAUGGCGGCUCGUCAACGACUACUCUUCUCGUAUCGUUGCGCGACCGCGAACGCGUCUUCUAUACCGCUGGCCGGUUGCCUGCCAGAUUGCCUCAAGGUGAAGGUGUGAUCGGUUGGUCAUGUCGCGAUCGAGAAGCGGCCUGGAUCUGUUCUGCAGCUAGACGACUUGGUCUGGAUGUUGACUCGUUCGCGCUUGCUGUUGCAUUAUUAGAUAGGGUCAUCUGUGGAACAAGAGUUCCGACGAAAUACGUGAACUGCGUUGCUGCUGCUUGCCUAUCGUUAGCGAAGAAACUAUGUGAAGAUCACGAAGAAGAUGCAUCUCUGUAUCUACAGAGGCUUCGACUUUCAUAUAGUGCACGAGAGUUGAAACGUAUGGAGCUUCGCAUACUAGAUCUGCUCGGCUGGGAUGCAUAUUUGCCAUCGUUCGAUCGUUUUCUCGUAGCACUUCUUAAGUCCAUGGGUGGAGAGUGGUUGAUGUCGCCGUUGAGAGUUCAUGUGGAAGCGAUUGUGUGCGACUCAUCCGUGAUGUCCCAAUUUGCCCCAUCAACUCUCGCCCUUUCUGUAGUGAGUCUACUUGUGGAAGCGACUAGUAAACAAUGGAUGCCAGCAAUCCAAGCGCAGAUUAGGAUCUGCAAGACCGAUCCAUGUGAACUGCUGCGCUGUCGUGAGCGUUUGUCGAGUGUUUGGUCUCGUACGCUAGUUCCAUCGUUAUCUCCUUUUGAACUAUUGUCACCAGCUCCUGAUCCACCCACAACUACUGUAUCAACCGCAUCGUGUCGCGGGCCAUCGCUUGUUGUUACCGCAAGUCCAGGCGGCAAAACCACUACUACCAGUGCCGCAACCGAGGGAAUCACCUCACCUCGUGCACCGCAACCCACUCCGUGCUGA